CGACAAACAGAAUCCACCUCCUUCGCGUUUUAGAUCUUCAAAAUCAAAUUCCUCACUCUUAUUGAUUUCAGUUCUUGAUUUUGGGAACCUUCUUCAAUUCCGGUUUAGUCAUGAAAUCGAGAAAUCUAAGACCGGAGACCGAACCGGCUUUGAAGUUGCCGGUCAAAUUGGAGAUCGUCGAUGAUUAUCUGGAAGAAGAGAACGGUCCUGCUAACAAGCGAUCUAAGGUUUGGAGCAAUGGAACAAGCGUGUCUCUUGAUGAGCCAAGUCCUUUGGGACUGAGCCUAAGAAAGAGCCCGUCUUUGCAAGAUCUCAUUCAGAUGAGACUCUCUCAAACUGUUAAGAAAGAAGCUCCUUCCCUUGUCGGAACCGUUGAGAAGCUCAAAGCUUCAAACUUUCCCGCCACCCUUCUGAGGAUUGGCCAAUGGGAGUAUAAAUCGAGGUAUGAAGGUGAUUUGGUUGCCAAAUGUUACUUUGCGAAACACAAACUUGUGUGGGAAGUGUUGGAACAAGGACUUAAGAGCAAGGUCGAGAUACAGUGGUCAGAUAUCAUGGGGUUGAAGGCGGAUUUUCCUGAAGAUGAGCCUGGAACGUUAACCAUUGUGCUUGCUAGGCGGCCCUUGUUUUUCAGGGAGACUAAUCCACAGCCUAGGAAGCAUACUUUGUGGCAGGCAACAUCAGAUUUUACUGAUGGUCAAGCCAGCAUGAACAGGCAACAUUUUCUGCAGUGUCCCCCGGGGAUAUUGAACAAGCAUAUAGAGAAGCUUCUCCAGUGUGAUCAUCGCUUGUUCUGUCUAAGCAGACAGCCUGAGAUAAAUUUUGACUCGCUCUUCUUUGAUACACGACAAUCUAUAUUCGAGGAUCCUUCCGUGUCUGGGUCUCAGAAUAUUGCAUCAUCUCCUGUUGGGGCUCAGUCUUCAUCAGAACAUAUGUCUCUGUCUCAUGACGCACUGUCGCCUAGCUCAGUGAUGGAUGCUCGUGCAAUCGAAGGAGGAGUUGGUGCUUCUGAUGAUUCAAGAAACUGGAAUCAGAUACAAGUCCCUGGACUACACCAAUCUAUCUCGAUGAACGAUUUUCUCUCACUCCUAUCAGAUCAAGCUAUCUGUGAGAACAACCCUGAAUUCGAGGACAUGAAACAGUUGCUACUGAGUGACACGCAGACCGAGACAUCGGAUGAGAAGUCUGUAAUGUCAAAAGUGAACUCUUUCUACAACCUCUUGCAGACAGCUGCCAAUGACGGGAAAGAGAUUGGGGUAGAUAACAACAAUAAGAGACUCAACAAAACUGAAGAAAGUAAUAAAGUUCUUGAUCAUGCUUCAAGCAGCAAGCCACAACAAGGAAUGUCAAGGAAAGAUUCAUUCAGUGAUCUGUUAGCACACCUUCCUAGGAUCACAUCCCUACCAAAGUUCUUGUUCAACAUUGCAGAAGAAGGCAGUGAUGCAUAGCGAGCGGCAAAUAAUGUAUGUUCUUCAUUUGACAACAAGUCUAGGAAUCUUGAACAAGUAGCUGUAUAUUAAUUUCUCUCUUUGGGUAAAAACCAAUUGAACUUGUGCUCUUGUUUGUAAAGUGUUGAUUUGUAGGAACAUGUGUUUGGUGAUGAAUCCAUGUAAAGAAGAAAGUGUUUAUAAUGGCGUUUUUGUAAAGCCAUUUUUUUGUAUAAAACAUAUUACUACCAAACUGUAACAAGCUCUGUAAUGUUCUACAAUAACUAAGAACAAGUUGCUCCACGUGUUUAGUGAUUGGUUUGGUUUGCGACAGUUAGC